ACCUAUGACCCGGGGUGAAAGAUCAAAAGUCGCAGGGAAUAUGGCGCCCAAUAUGUCUAACGAAAGGAAGGUGCCGAUCGGCUGUGAGGCUUAAGCGGCUUAAGGAGAGCCGCCAAGCAUCGCUCAUCUCCGUGGAGUUGCGUACGUGGAGACCUCUCCCGCCGGCCGGCUGCCCGACAGGAAACGUCCCUCCGACUUUCUCCAGGAAGGUUAAAACGCCGCUGCUUUCGGAAGUCGCCCGUGGCUUCCAGGAAUACCGCUCGCUUUUCUCAGUGCUUCUCAUUAACGGGCCGCCGUUUCCUCUCCGAACAAGCUUCCUUGUCUGUCGGAGACCCUCCGCCGCCGCUCCUUCUCCGGUGCAGCUGGAGCCCCGUUUCGCUGAACUCCUUUUUUGCCCCCACCAGGCUAAUUUGCUGCGAAUUGAAAUCUCCAAACUUGCUUUGAACCCCCAGGAAAGUGUCUUGGAGACCCUAAGAGAUACGCCUUUUGAGAAGACUAGGCAGCUGGACAUUCCCUUUACUUAAGUCAGGUGCUCCCUUGGUAAUCAAAUCCAAAUGGUUGCUAAGGUUCAAAAGAUGAUAAUAGAAAGUCUCCACUCAAUAAGUCUGGAAAUACUGUAAGAUUACCUGCAAGUGAUUCCGACCGGAUCUGUAUCUGGAACAUAAAUUCAGUUAUGAGGAUUAUUUUGGUGUCUUUUUCUCUAAAAGUGAACAUUGAUAUGUAACAAUUCAGCCUAGAAAUAGUUGGUGAUAGAUACAACUUGCUAUUAUAAAGAGGAAUCUGAGAAGCCUCUGCACUGCAUAACUAAAUGGCUGUAGAAAACGUUUUAAUUUGGAUGCUAAAAGUUACUACUUAUAAGAUGAAUCUUUUUAAGCCAACAAUAUAAAUCUGCCAUUCUGUAACUACAAGAGAAAGUUUUUUAAAGAAGAAAUUCUUUCUUGCUUUGUAACAUAUAAUUACAUCACAUUAGAAUCUUGAAUAUGAGGUGUAAAUAUCCAAGUCUUAGGAAUCAGUGUUACUAAGUUUCUGAUUUAAAAAAAAGUUUAAAUAACUCCUUAAGUUGAUCAUACACAUUUUUUAAAUUUAUUUUUCUAUUUUUAAAUGGGUGAUGGUGCCUCUGGAUGUUUCUGGUUGUUUUGAGAUUUACUGCCAAAAAUGCUUUCUUACAAAAAACUUUUCAAAAAAAGGAAGAAUUGAAAGUACUUUUGUAAAGACUGCUAAAGAGGAUGAUGAUAUGUGUUUGAUUUUCACCAAAAUUUAGUGCUUCUCUUCAUCAUGAACAGAAAGAAAGGAGACAAAGGGUUUGAGAGCCCAAGACCUUAUAAAUUAACCCAUCAGGUGAUUUGCAUCAACAGCAUAAAUUUUCAGAGAAAAUCUGUUGUUGGCUAUGUGGAGCUGACAAUAUUUCCAACAGUUGCAAACCUGAAUAGAAUUAAACUGAGCAGUAAGCAAUGCAGGAUAUAUAGAGUUAGAGUCAAUGAUUUGGAAGCAGCUUUUAUAUAUAAUGAUCCAACAUUGGAAGUUUGUCACAGUGAGUCAAAACAGCGAAAUCUCAACUAUUUUUCCAAUGCCUAUGCUGCUGCAGUCAGUGCUGUGGAUCCAGACGCUGGAAAUGGAGAGUUGUGUAUUAAAGUGCCAUCAGAGCUUUGGAAGCAUGCUGAUGAAUUAAAAGUGUUAAAGAUACACAUCAACUUCUCUUUGGAUCAGCCAAAAGGAGGACUGCAUUUUGUGGUACCUAAUGUGGAAGGCAGCUUGGCAGAAAGAGGCGCCCACGUUUUCUCUUGUGGAUAUCAAAACUCUACAAGGUUCUGGUUUCCUUGUGUUGAUUCGUAUUCAGAACUCUGCACAUGGAAACUAGAAUAUACUGUUGAUGCCACAAUGGUGGCAAUCUCAAAUGGUGAUUUAGUGGAAACUGUGUAUACUCAUGAUAUGAGAAAGAAGACUUUCCAUUAUAUGCUGCCAAUCCCCACUGCUGCAUCUAACAUCUCUUUGGCUAUUGGACCAUUUGAAAUUCUUGUCGAUCCAUAUAUGCACGAGGUCACCCAUUUUUGUUUACCCCAACUUCUUCCCCUGCUCAAACAUACUACGUCAUACCUCCAUGAAGUAUUUGAAUUCUAUGAAGAGAUACUUACUUGUCGUUACCCUUACUCCUGCUUCAAAACAGUUUUUGUAGAUGAGGCCUAUGUCGAAGUAGCUGCUUACGCGUCUAUGAGCCUCUUUAGCACGAACCUUUUGCACAGUGCCAUGAUAAUAGAUGAGACUCCUCUAACCAGGAGGUUCUUGGCUGAAGCUCUAGCCCAGCAGUUCUUCGGCUGCUUUAUAUCUAGAAUGUCUUGGUCAGAUGAGUGGGUAUUAAAGGGAAUCUCUGGCUAUAUUUAUGGACUUUGGAUGAAGAAAACCUUUGGUGUUAAUGAAUAUCGUCACUGGAUUAAGGAGGAACUAGACAAAAUAGUGGCGUACGAAUUAAAGACCGGUGGUGUCUUACUGCAUCCGAUCUUUGGUGGAGGGAAAGAGAAGGACAACCCUGCAUCCCAUUUACACUUUUCUAUAAAACAUCCUCACACGAUAUCCUGGGAAUACUAUACCAUGUUUCAAUGCAAGGCCCACCUAGUUAUGAGACUGAUAGAAAACAGAAUAAGCAUGGAGUUUAUGUUACAAGUUUUCAACAAAUUGUUGAGUCUAGCUAGCACUGCUUCUUCUCAGAAGUUCCAAUCUCAUAUGUGGAGUCAGAUGCUGGUGUCUACAUCUGGGUUUUUGAAAUCCAUUUCCAAUGUGUCCGGCAAAGACAUUCAACCUUUAAUUAAGCAAUGGGUAGAUCAAAACAGUGUGGUCAAAUUUUAUGGCAGUUUUGCGUUUAAUCGAAAACGAAAUGUACUCGAAUUGGAAAUAAAGCAAGACUAUACCUCCCCUGGGACGCAGAAAUAUGUGGGCCCUCUUAAAGUGACAGUCCAGGAGCUUGACGGAUCUUUCAACCACACACUUCAAAUAGAAGAAAACAGCCUCAAGCAUGAUAUACCCUGUCAUUCAAAGAGCAGACGCAAUAAGAAGAAAAAAAUCCCAUUGAUGAAUGGAGAGGAAGUGGACAUGGAUCUUUCUGCCAUGGAUGCCGAUUCCCCUUUACUCUGGAUAAGAAUAGAUCCAGAUAUGUCAGUUUUGAGGAAGGUGGAAUUUGAACAGGCAGACUUCAUGUGGCAAUAUCAACUGCGCUACGAGAGAGACGUGGUUGCGCAAGAGGAAUCCAUUUUGGCUCUUCAGAAGUUCCCCACGCCGGCAUCUCGGCUUGCGCUGACUGAUAUUCUCGAACAAGAGCAGUGCUUCUACCGAGUGAGGAUAAUGGCUUGCUUCUGUCUUGCAAAGAUUGCAAAUUUCAUGGUGAGUACAUGGACAGGACCACCAGCCAUGAAGUCUCUCUUCACUCGAAUGUUCUGUUGUAAAAGUUGUCCAAAUAUUGUGAAAACCAAUAACUUCAUGAACUUUCAGAGCUACUUUCUGCAAAAGACAAUGCCAGUUGCAAUGGCCUUGCUGAGAGAUGUUCACAAUCUGUGUCCUAAGGAGGUUUUAAUGUUCAUUUUAGACCUGAUCAAAUACAAUGACAACAGAAAAAACAAGUUUUCAGACAACUAUUACCGUGCGGAACUGAUUGAUGCCCUAGCAAACUCUGUAACUCCUGCAGUCAGUGUGAACAAUGAAGCUCGGACUUUGGACAAUUUAAAUCCUGAUGUACGCCUUAUUCUUGAAGAGAUCACCCGAUUCUUAAACAUGGAAAAACUGCUCCCCAGUUACAGACACACAAUUACAGUCAGCUGUUUGAAUGCAAUUCGGAUCCUGCAGAAGAAUGGGCAUGUUCCAAGCGAUCCUGCUGUCUUUAAAUCUUAUGCAGAAUAUGGGCAUUUUGUAGAUAUUCGAAUAGCGGCUUUGGAAGCGGUUGUUGACUAUACAAAAGUUGACCGAAGUUACGAGGAACUGCAGUGGCUGCUAAACAUGGUCCAGACUGAUCCAGUGCCCUAUGUCAGACAUAAAAUAUUAAACAUGUUGACAAAGAAUCCACCAUUUACCAAGAACAUGGAAUCUCCUUUAUGCAAUGAAGCUUUGGUCGAUCAACUCUGGAAGCUUAUGAAUUCAGGUACGUGCCAUGACUGGAGGCUGCGCUGUGGUGCCGUCGACCUGUACUUCACCCUGUUUGGUCUUAGCAGACCUUCCUGUUUGCCCCUGCCGGAGCUCGGCUUAGUCCUUAACCUCAAAGAAAAGAAAGCUGUGCUGAACCCGACGAUAAUCCCUGAACCCGGAGCAAAUGGCCUGGAACCUCCUAACAAUCCAAACUCUCUGGGUCAAAUAGUUGGCUUCCAAAGCACAGAAGAUGAUCACCUUAUUAAGGAAACGUCCAUCCUUCCCCUUCCACAUCAGCAGGGGUUGAAGAGGAAAGCUGAUACACCUCUUGGGUCUCCACUGGAACCUGGACAGAUACUUGAGAAGACCGAAGACAGCAAAGUUAAGCUCAAAAUAAGGUUUUCAAAUUCCCAAGAAGAAGAAGAGAUUGAUAUGGACACCGUUCAUGACAGUCAAGCUUUUAUCUACCAUCAUUUAAAUAUGCUGGAAAGACCAUCAACACCAGGUAAAGAACAGUCUUCCUUGGAGGCGAACAUGUUGCCAGCACCUCUGCCUUCUCUGGCUGGUUUUGCUAAAGAGUCUGGCUCUUCCAGGCAUGGUGAGCACCAUCAUCACCACCACCAUGAACACAAGAAGAAGAAGAAGAAGCACAAGCACAAACACAAGCACAAACACAAGCACGACAACAAGGAGAAAGAGAAGGAGCCUUUCACUUUCUCCAACAGCCCAGCCAGUGGACGGUCCAUUCACUCGCCCUCUUUGUCAGACUGAUGCAAAAGGUCCUAGGAUGGAGGGAGCCUUUGAUCUUCAGGAUCAAAACCAAGAUGCCACAGGAGAUCAGAACUUAGACGAGAUCCCAAGUUGCUCUUCUGUUGGUCACAGUGAUCACACUCAGGGGGAAAGGAAUGAAGGUUUAGGAAUCUUAUCAAAAUGUUCCUCCAUAUUCUCAUUAAUAUCUAUGUAUGUUGAACUUCAAAUGGCUGUCAUGAUGUUAAGUAGG